AUGUUUGUGGAGUCAGUGGUACGAUGGGGGGCUUGGAGCAUCCUGCUUCAGUUUGGACUGGGUGCAUCUGCAGGAAGCUGUCCUCCACGCUGUGUGUGCCGACCUGAGGCCAAAGAAGUUAUCUGCUCUGGCAAACAUUUGAACUCAGUGCCAGAGGGCUUUUCCGGUGAUGCCAAGCGUUUGGAUUUGUCUCACAAUAAGAUUAAGACUGUUGGCCGCCGCCAGUUCUCUGGGCUCCUGCAACUUCAAGAGUUAGAUUUCAGUGAUAACAUAAUCUCCAUGAUUGAGAUAGAGGCUUUCCAGGGCCUACAGAAUCUCAGGACGCUCCGGAUUAAGAAUAACCGACUCAAGAUCAUACCGGUUGGGGUGUUUUCUGGCCUGUCCAGUCUGCGUCUUCUUGAUUUGAGCCAGAAUGAGAUUCUGGUCUUCCUGGACUAUACAUUCAAAGAACUGGUCAACCUGCAAACGCUGGAAGCCGAGGAGAAUGACUUGGUCUUCAUCUCCCAGCGAGCUUUCUUUGGUCUGCAGAAUCUGCAGGAGCUCAACAUAGACCGCAGCAACCUGACCUCCGUUCCUACCGAGGCGUUGUCCCAGCUCCAGAGCCUGGCGCGUCUUCGCAUGUUACGCCUCACCAUUACUACGCUGCCUAACAACGCUUUCCGACGACUGCACCGGCUGCGUAGCCUCCUGAUAGCAAACUGGCCAUUAUUGGACACUGUGGCUAGCAACAGCCUGAUUGGUCUUAAUUUGACCUCGCUUGUCAUCAGCAGCUGCAACAUAAGUACUGUUCCUUACUCAGCACUUCGUCACCUGGUGUAUCUGCGCAACCUGGACCUGUCCUACAACCCCAUCGCUGUUAUCCAGGGUAAUCUGCUAGGGGACCUGCUAAGACUCCAGGAGCUACACCUAGCAGGGGGGAACCUGCUACGAAUAGAGCCGGGGGCCUUUAGGGGACUGGCCUAUUUUCGCAUACUUAAUGUGACAUCCAAUCAGCUCACUUCUUUGGAGGAGAGCGUCUUCCACUCUGUGGGGAACCUUCAGGUGUUGCGGUUGGAUGGGAAUCCCCUAGCAUGUGACUGCCGGCUUCUUUGGGUGGUCCGUCGUCGAUUGCGCUUGAACUUUGAUGGACAUCAGCCCACUUGUUCGUCCCCCGAUGCAGUGAGACAGCGUGAAUUCAAAGACUUCUCCGAGAAGGAGCUCCCGAGGCUGUUUACUUGCCGCCCUGCCCGUGUCAUGGACCGCAGACCGCAGGAGGCAAGAGUAGAGGAGGGCACUACUGUUCUCUUCUCCUGUAAGGCCGAUGGCGAUCCAUUCCCAUCCAUCACCUGGAUCUCAUCCCAUAAGAACUUGGUAACUCCAACAGGACGCAUAAGAGUUCUGCCCAAUGGAACCCUAGAAGUGCGUUUUGCCCAAGUUCAGGACAGUGGCACAUAUCAGUGCCUGGCAGGCAAUGCAGCCGGCAAUGACAGCCUGACAGUCGGUUUGUACGUUAAGGGGCUCCCUCGUAACCGAACCAUCCCGUUCUUCUCAGAGGAGGGCUGGGUAGAGCCUUCAAACUCCCAAGCCGCCAACUCCUCAGCUCAAAUGGCUAAACCUUACCCGUUUGACGCAAAGACCCUGAUCAUCGCCACCACCAUGGGCUUCCUGUCUUUCCUCAGCUCAGUGGCCAUCUGUUUUGUCUUCAUGUUCUUCUGGAGCCAGAGCAAAGGUCAGAUCAAGCACACAGCAACUAUUGACUUUGUUCCUCGGUCUUCAAUGGGUGGUGGAGGGGAAGGAGGCGAUGGUGGCAGGUUCACCAUGAAACUUAUUUAAAGCCAAGGAAGAGGUGAAAGGGGCCUCGACUUUGACUGUGAGUUCCUCUGCACA